ACAAUUAAGUUUGGUCCUUGGCCCAUUCGAUCCUCUGAGAUAUUCUUUACUUCCAAGCUCUCUUAUGGUCUAGUGAAUCUCAAGCCCCUUGUUCCAGGCCAUGUCCUGGUCAUUUCUCGCAGAUUAGUUGUUAGAUUCAAUGAUCUUACAUCUGAAGAGGUCAGCGACAUGUUCUCUUCGGUCCACCAGAUUUCCAAAGUGAUUGAAAAGUUGCACAAGGCCGACUCGCUUACUAUAUCCAUGCAGGAUGGUCCAGCUGCUGGGCAAUCUGUGGCUCAUGUGCAUAUUCAUAUCAUUCCACGUCACCACGGCGAUUGGAUGAAUAACGAUGAUAUUUAUCCCGAGAUUCAGCGAAAA